UUCUUCCUCAGAAAAUCCCGGAAAAAGGAAAAAAUUUGCUCUCUCUCCAGUUUUUUUAUAUUUUCCCGCGCAUUAUUUCGGAAAAAUGGCUCCUAAAUCGGAUAAUACAGAAGCUAUCGUACUCAACUUUGUGAACGAGCAAAACCGACCUCUAAACACCCAAAAUGCAGCUGAUGCUCUGCAAAAGUUUAAUCUUAAGAAGACUGCAGUACAGAAAGCACUCGAUAGCCUUGCUGAUGCUGGGAAAAUCACGUUCAAGGAGUAUGGUAAGCAGAAAAUAUACAUUGCAAGACAGGACCAGUUCGAGAUUCCAAACAAUGAGGAGCUUGCUCAAAUGAAAGAAGAAAAUGCCACAUUGCAAGAACAACUCCAAGAGAAGAAGAAAACAAUCGGCGAAGUUGAGUCAGAGAUCCGGAGCUUGCAGACAAACUUGACACUAGAAGAGAUACAAGAUAGAGAUGCCAAACUAAGGAAAGAGGUUAAGGAAAUGGAAGAGAAGCUGAGUAAACUACGCGAGGGAGUUACAUUGGUGAGGCCGGAAGACAAAAAGGCUGUUGAAGAAAUGUACUCAGACAAAUUAAAUCAGUGGCGAAAGCGUAAGAGGAUGUUCAGAGACAUUUGGGAUACUGUAACGGAGAAUUUUCCCAGAGACAUUAAGGACUUUAAGGAGGAGCUUGGAAUUGAAUAUGAUGAAGAUGUCGGCCUAAGCUUGCAGGCAUAUUCUGAUCUUAUUCAACAUGGUAAAAAGAGAGGCAGAGGGCAGUAGUUUCCAGAUCUACACACCUCAGUGGAAGUAGAAGCUUCUUCUAGUUUCAGAACAAUGUUGUUCUCUGCAGCGAUCUCCUUCAAGACCUUCAUUCUAACUUCUUUCGGUGGAUGUCUUGUCGACAGCUUCUGAAUUAUCUAUAGUGACACCAAAAUGAAACAUGAAUACAAGAAACUCAGUAAGUAUUUUGCUUUGUAUUUAGAGAUAUAUAACGUAUUAAAUAUAUUAGUUGAGUUGAAUGAAUCAAAGUUGCUUAC